GACGUCAGAGGCAGCGUAGAGGCUCCUGGCUUCCCAGAUGGCAGUGCGGUUUAGAAAACCUGACAAUGUAUGGUCGACCGCCAUUCUGGUGGCUGAACUUCGGUCACUCGCUUGGCAGAAGUGCCGUAACCUAGGAGUAUUCCAUCGACCCAAUGCAGUUCUCUCCUAUAGAGAUAAAAGAGAGGCUUACAAGGGCUCUUGACGAAGACAACAAUGUUUCGGACAUACCUGCUGUCCUGGAGGUUAUUGCUACCUUGGAGAGUUACCCUAUUACACGUGAAGCACUUGAGCAAACUAGAUUGGGGAAGUUGGUCAAUGAACUCCGUAAAAAGACUACAAAUGAUGAUCUGGCGCGGCGAGCCAAGAGACUGGUUCGGAGCUGGCAGAAACUCAUCUCGCCACCAACAGAUGGCACCACUGUCAAUGGAGAACGGAUAAAUACCAAUUCUCCAAGUCCAGGAAUGACUGUUUUAACUGGAUCUGCUGGCUCUAUGCCAGUUAGUCCUGCAUCCCUUCGUUUUUCCCCAGGCCUUGUGAAAUCUAGUCCAUGUGGAAUAGCUGCGUCGAGCAAAAACAACUCUCCAUGUUUACGAGUCAAUGCAACACCAGGAACUCCAAGAUUACAUCCAACAUCUUUGAAAGUUGAUCCUAAUGGUAUUCAACGAUCAAAUAUAUCUCCUAAAUCUGUUUGUCCUUUACGAGGUGUCGCACCAUUAACGUCAACCCCUAAAGGACCUAUAUCCCCUAAAACUAUGUGCCCUCGAAGGGCAGGCCUUCCUUCAUCUUUAACUCCAAAACAACAUAGUCCAAGUAUACCAUUAUCUUCAACUCCUAAAGGUAAUUGUCCGAAUGGUCCCUUUAAGAACAGUGCCUCUUCUGACGGCCGUUGUGAAAAUAAUCUAAUGAGUAAUCAGACGUAUAGUCCAACAAAAAGUACUGAGCGUAAUUGUAUGUCAAAGGAAAAAAACUCAUUAUCAAAAGUUGGUUCACUACAUCCAGGGAAAUGUUCUCCUAUAAUAAAUCAUUCCAGGGAUCGCAUUAAUGCUGGCACAUUGAAUGAUCAAAAACCUACACCCAAAGGUAAAUUAUCUAAUAGAAAACGGACUUGUAACGAUUCGGGUGGUGCACCUCCAGCCAAACGCUCAGUUCCUGCUGACAAAUAUGUUAAAGAUUUACAUUCAACAAAAGAAAAGACAGUUAAUGGUAUAUCGCGUAAUGUUUGCCAAAAUUUGGAAACUUUAGAGAAGAAAAAAUCAGGCAAUGCUUUGCCCAAAUCCAAAUCUGUGAUGGACAAUUUAUUUACAUAUAUGAGUGGUGACAGUAAUGACUCGUUUAAGAGCUCAACUAGCAAACGUAAUUUGACUUUCCAUGCAAAGCAAGAUAAAACUAAAACCUCAAAAGUUAAGACUACAGCUCAGUUGAUAGCAGAGCUGCGAGCUAAAAGUGGUUCUACUGGUUCACAACUAAGAGGCGAUCUUAUAGAUAAAUUAAAGAGGCAACCGUCUCCUAACAGUCUAGAUGUUCGAUUAAAAUCUGGCAAGCAUAAUGCUAGGCCAAUGUUGAGUCAGACUAAAACAGAACUUGUUGAAAGGUUUCUCAAAAAUUCUAUACGACCUAAUCUAAAAGAUGAAUCAGAAUAUCUGGAACUUGAUCCCUGUAGAUUGCUGGAAUGUGACUUGCCCAAUGGCCAGACUCCUAUGGAGAGAAGCUUGGGCUCUUCAAGUAGUACAGCACAAGAGGUCUCUUCUAAUUCCAACCAUUUGUCACUGUUAGAAAUCUAUAACUCUCUUCCACCUUUGAAUCUUGAUAAAAUCGACUGGGAUGAUGAUAAAUAUGAAGUGGCAGAGCAUACAGAACCCAUCACCGAUAGCAUUAUUGACAGGUUGCACAAUGAAUAUUGGUCAGGUGUUAACGGCCAGUGGGAUUCCACUGGCUCUUGGAGAGAUUGGACUCACACUAUGUCAGUAGAAUCAUUUGAGGGAAGCAAAUUAGAUUUAUUACCUUAUGUAAAUAUUGACUAAAUAACACAGCAGUUAUUGUUUAACACACACACACACACACACACAUAGUGACGAUGAUAAAUUAUUGUUUGGUAAUGGAUCCCAGUUGCUUCUCAUCUAAUUGUUGGAUGUGAGAAUGAAAAACGGUAUUUGUUUGUAGAGUAAAUACUAACAACCAAAACUUUCAACAUCUCCACUUAUUUUAGUGCAACUUCAUUUAAAAAAAAAAUAAUGUAUAAAAAUAAAAUCCCAAUUGAAGUAUUGAGAUGGUAAAACAAGUAGAAAAGCUGGGUGAUGGCUGUUAUUGGUAAUGAAUGAUAAAAAUAAUAAAAGAGUGGGUGCUGUGAUAAGGAUUGUCUGUUGACACCGUUGACCAAGGGAACCUGUACUUGAUCCAAUAUAGAAUAUUUGGAUCUUUGUUGAGAAAUCUAAUAUUUCUGGUAAAGGUAUUACAGUUCUUUUUUUUUUUUUUUUUUUUUUUUUCUGUGCUCUUUUAUUUCUCUUAACCUCUUUCUUCAAGCCCUUACCCUUCCAGAUUUCUCUUUUGGGUGUGUGUGUAAUUUAUAUGUACAAUAUAUAAAUACACAUAGCACAUUCUAUCAAUCUUUGCAUCCAAUGUUACGUUGACUGGCUGCUGUUCUUGGUAUUAAGUGCUACAUGUAAUGUGCUGAGCAGAGAUUUCUUACUAGGUUCCAGUAAGCCUUUCAUUCAUGUCAUGCAUACACACGGAAAAGAAAAAAAAGAGACCCAAAUAUUCAUUCAUCAUUUAAAUACAUUUAAAGAAAAAGAAAAAAAAAAAACAAACCAAAAUGUGACCAAAACAAGAACCUAUUAUGUUGAACAAUGUUUUCAGUAAAGUUAACAAUCAGCAUGAAAGUGAUAAAAGAAUAAAUAUAUGCAAAUCAACCAUUAUUGCGGUUGUAAAA